CUUCAUUACACUGUGGGCCAAAGCGUAUCGAAGGACUAUAUAUCCAGUCCCUCAUAUAACUCAUUGGAUGGUUCCAAAAGAAGUCGCGGCGGCGAAGUGUCCUCUACCUCCAGACUACAAGAAAAGAAAGGGAAGACAUCAGGAAAAAAUGCAUCCUUCGGCGGGAGAAAGUCGGCCCCGUCCCCGUCCUAAUAAGUAUAUCCCAAAUAGGGGUCUGGCUAGCUAUUUCAACUGCACGCAGGGAACUGAAGGAACUGAAGGAGCUGAAGGAACUGAACGAGCUGAAGGAACUGAAGGAGCUGAAGGAGCUGAAGGAACUGAAGGAACAGAAGGAACUGAAGGACCUGAAGGGACUCAUGGAACACAAAGCACUCGAGGAACUGAAGGACCUGAAGGAACAGAAGGAACUGAAGUGUUAUAUGAAUGUGAACCUUAGUGAAACCUGAUUAAAGUGAUUUCGUUUUAUGUUUGUAAAACUUGGUGAAACUUUCGUUAUGUAACCUUUCGUUAGUUGAUGAUUUAUAUUACAGUUGCGAUGACAUAACUUAUCCAUGUUCUAGGAAGAUGACGUGACGUAUUCAACAUGUUGUAAAAUCCGAAAAACUUCGAGUGAAAAAAAUAUAAUCUGGAACACAUUUUCUGUCGAAUGGGAAGGGAAUACAUCAUUGUUAGCUAUAUUUUUUGUAUACACUACCUCGUGGGAUUAGAAAAGUUACAUAUGUCACGAAAUCAAAUUUUAUUCUACAUGAGCACAUCUAAAACGUUGAUAGAAAAUAGAAUAUAUCAGGUAUAACCAUAAAAUCAAUCAUCUAAGUACAGUAAAACCAACAAAAUCGGAAAAAACAGAAAAGUAAAACUUUAAAGGUUUUUGUAUAACUACAAACUAAGUGAAACUAUAAGCACGAAAAUCCUUCACCAAAAAAUCCGCGCCCAGUUUUUUGAAUUUUCCCACCAAUUUUUCGAUUUUUGACUUUCCACAAAAUCGAUGCGGAGGCGACGUAGACGUGUAUUAAACCCGCCAUUUACCUCAGCCAAUCUCUCUACUAUUCAAUCUCUCUCUAGAUUUCUCUCUACAAUCGGUCGCUCUUCUUUCUAGAUUUCUAGGUUACUCAGAAUCAUGACUCAUCCAGCCGAGGAGUAUAGGCAGAUGAAGGCUUGGAAGAGAGACACCAACAUGCUUGGCUGUGUGGCGGAUGCCGAGUGUGGGAUUCCGACCAGAUGCCCUUGUGGGGGGACAAUCAUCAACGAGGUGUCUCGGAACCUGAAGUAUCCAACCGAUUUUGAUACUUUACCGGGGAGAAAAUACUUCACUUGCAAAAAUUAUGAGAAUGAUGGCUUCCAUUUCCGUCAACCAUGGGUCUUCGGAGUCCAGGAAGAGGUUGAAAUGUUAAGGAAGCGCGUGGAUGCGAUGGCUGCAGAGAUUGCUGAACUGAAGUAUAAUCUAACCCGUCAGAAUCCCACCACUCCAUGAGAUGCGUUCGGUCCAUGACAUUAGUCUACUAUCUGUUGUUGUUGUUUGCUUGAGAUUCUGAUUUACUAUGACUCUUCGUAUUUACUAAAGUUUCCCUAUUCUCCCUCUUUCACGAUCUACGAAAUAUCAUAAAUUGAAAGUGAAACUUACACUAAAGUUUCCCUAUUCUCCCUCCCUUUCACGAUCUACGAAAUAUCAUAAAUUCACGAAGUUACACUAAAUUGAAAGUGAAACUUACACUAAAGUUUCUCUAUUCUCCCUCUUUCACGAUCUACGAAAUAUCAUAAAUUCACGAAGUUACACUAAGUUGAAAGUGAAACUUACACUAAAGUUUCCCUAUUCUCCCUCUUUCACGAUCUACGAAAUAUCAUAAAUUCACGAAGUUACACUAAGUUGAAAGUGAAACUUACACUAAAGUUUCCCUAUUCUCCCUCAUUCACGAUCUACGAAAUAUCAUAAAUUCACGAAGUUACACUAAGUUGAAAGUGU